GCGUCGCGGCUUCGCAGUAGUUGUAGACGUCAGCAUGGACGGAAUGGAGUUCGACGCUCAACUGCAGCGAACCAAAACCGUCUGCAAAACGCUAAAGAAAGCUGACGCCACGUAUGUGCUGGUACUCACCAAGAUGGAGAGCGUGGUGCAGGAAUCAGUAGACAAGUUCCACCAGCUGAAGAAAAAGGAAAAAAUCGGCGCAGAUGUAAUCACUACUUCCUCCAUGUGCAACUACAACAUCGCUACAACGUUUCGUAUCAUCGCCGAAAAAAUUCUCAAGACAGUGUACGUCAAUAUACCCACGUUCGAGCAGGCUGCAGAGAACGAGCUCGCUGCAAAGACAAGCGCCAAACGGCUCUUCAGUACUUUCACCACGAAAUGGGUCCAGACAUCCUCGGAGCGAAUCGAGGAAAUCGAGCUAACAGAGCAGUACCGAGCUUGCAAGAGUGCAGUCGGCAAAUACGAGACUGACAGGAUCUUUGCGUUCAAGUUGCUCGAGGUGAAGAACUCUGAGAUGCUGGUUGGAGUCAACGAAGACCCGGACAGAAGGCGAGAGUAUCUGGAGGACUUCAUCCAGAUGCACCCUGACCUGAUGCUCUACCAGUCUCAGCUGUUGAGGAAAGUCGAAGAACACGUAGCAGACAGCUUGUUGGAGCAGCCAGCUAAAGAUACCCCCAGUCCUCAGAGAACU